UUCAGGUAAGGCAGUACACUCUUGUUCUUUUUCUCAUGUUGUCCCACCAUGAUUCUGAUGUGAAAUAUGUCCCUUCAGUUUUGCAAUUCUAACAAUUACCAAGUCACAACCAUCAGUCAGCAUCAGUCGGUCGUUCCGCUAGCCGAAGUCACAUACCGGCUGCCUGCGGGCACUCAACCCGGAUCAGACAGAUGCGGUGAAGUGAUUACAUGAAUAUUUGCAUCAGCACGUCUUGAUCUGGGUUCACAACUUUCUCCCAAGAUACACAUUUUUUGGCAGAGUUCCAGCAAGUCAUACGUACCGUCCCAGACUCCAACCCCAUCCACGACCAGCUUGAGGACAAGUGAGUGAUAAAUUCCUCUGCCCCGUUGUUGCUGUUAUUCGGCCCGAGCACCGGAGCUCUCGAUUGGUGGAUCUCGAUUCUUAAUACUUAUCAACCGAGUUCGGAACGACUGGCUACUUGAGCUUCCACGUUGGUCGUCUAACCAACUAGCCCAUUGACUCUUUGUUGCCAGAUCAUCCGACGAGAAAAAACUAGUCAAGCCUUUUCUGUCCAGACUAGAAGUGUCCCCUCGGCAUUCAGUGGUCUCCUCGUCGAGCUCAGUCGAGCAGGACCACUUCGAGGUCCAAAUUAUGAAGCCCAUUAUUAUCAUAGUUGCUUAAUCUUCCCUUUCAUUUUACAUUCUUCGGUUCCGCUUGCAUCAUCUUGUUCUUACAAGCCCUUGGCUUCGGGGUCUCUGCUUAUCGGCCUUCCGGUUGCCAGGAGAACUCACCCUACUCUGGAAACAUUUUCUCUCUCGAGCCUUUCAGGUUACCAAACCCCUUCACAGACCACCGCCAUUACUCCGCUUCAGCUCUCCAGUAAGAAUUUCACUUCCAACGAGCAGCAUAGACGUUGGUAAGGAUUGUUUACUUCAAGGUCUCCUGCUGCCACCCACCCUCAACGUGCACGAACGAUUUCUUAGACCGCUUCUCAACACCAGCCCUCCUUGACUUGACUGGAUCACGCCAACUGCCCUUUGCCAUUCACUUCAGCCUUUAUCCCUGCAACACAUCUCCAGUUGUUCUCUCUGUCGCCAUCUUUGAUAAACUCUUGAGCUCCGAGGCCAGUCGGAACACAGUCAGUCCCCGGCAUACCGCGCAGUCACCGCUCGAAUAGUCAAGCAUACUACCUCUGGCAAUCACAUCUUCCUUUUUUGUCAAUUCAGACGAUUAUCCCUAUUUAUUUAUCAAAUCACUAGUAACAAAAAGGGAACAAAAACCGCCAUACCCCGUAAUACAUAAGUUGUUUGUGAACCUGCUAUCAGUUCCAGUAACCUCAGUUUCUCCUGGCCAUUCCUACCUCCUCGGUACUCAUUGAUAAUACUCCACCUGCAAAACCGUGCAACCAUGGCCGACCAGAAGAUUUCUAAGUCUUGGCUCCCCAGAUGUCGAUGCUCGAAUUCCAUCAAAAAAUUCACCGGCAGUGUUACCUACAUCACUUUCACCAUUUCCUUUGGAUUGCUGGUUGACAUGGCUGCAUACGGCCUCAUGGUACCUGUUCUUCCCUUUCGUCUUGAAUCUAUCGGUUAUCACAAUAUUCCCGCCAAGUCAUCUUAUCUUAUUGCCGCUUUUGCACUUGGACUAAUUGUCUCAUCAGUUCCCAUUGGUAUCUUUGGCGAGGUCGUCAAGGCACGGAAGGCACCCCUGCUAUUCUGCCUAGUGUUCCUAGCCGCCAGUCUAAUUCUCUUCUGGCUUUCCUCAUCAUUUGUGGUGCUCAUAAUUGCAAGACUACUUCAAGGUGUCAGUGGUACAGGUAUAUGGACCCUAGGACUGGCUCUGAUAUGUGAUGUGGUACCGGAAGAGCGCAUUGGCGUUGUAAUGGGAUACGUGAUGAUUGGCUGGUCUAUAGGAGCUGUAGGAGGUCCUCUAGCUGGGGGAUUGUUGUACGAUUCAUUGGGCUAUCACUCUGUUUUUAUCUUUGCUCUGAUUCUAACUGGAAUAGACUUCAUCCUAAGAUUAAUGGUCCAGGACAACCAGUCGUCGCCAACUGGUGAAGUUAUUAAUAUCAGUGAGGAGUCCGGUCCAAAAACAGGACGGACAUCUCUUUCAGACGAAACAGCACGCGUCAUCGAACCUCCGACGGAGAUUGCCGCACUGGUCGAUAUUACAGCUCAAAAAACUGAAGGAAUUGCUUCUCAACGAAAAGGCAAAGAAAUUAAUCAUGCAUUCCUCUCACAAGCUACAUACCCUUCUUCAUCUCGGCCACCCACAGCUUCUCGCGCUCUUCUCUCGUUAUUUUCGAGUGCCAGAUGCUGGACAUUGUUUUCAAUCAUAUUUGUUCUAGGAUUUUGUUUUGGAGGAUUGUUGGACUCAGGAAUGACGCUGCUCGUACAUGCAAGAUACGGAUUGAAUUCGAGGGGUGCUGCUCUGGUAUUCAUCGGGGCAGUUGUACCAUCAUUUGCCUCAAGUCCCCUUGCGGGUCAUUUUGCCGACAAGUACGGAGCACGGUGGCCAGUGGUAAUUUGCCUCAUCCUUGGUACUCCGUUCUUUGGUUUGAUCAGUAUGGAAGGCAGCCUUUCCACCUUUGUCAUCUGGACCGCUUUGACAGGUCUAUUUGUAAUGGGAAUUGCUGCACCCAUGAUGCAAGAUCUUGCUGAAGUCGUUAAAGUCACACCUGGACUAGGCUACGCCCACGUGUACGGGAUAUUUAACAUGGUAUACUCGACAGGCUCAUUGGUUGGACCAUUAUGUGUUGGAGGGAUUCUGGAAAGCUGCGGUGUCGAGAGAGGUUGGAAGAUCGUCAGUCUGAUUUGCGCAGGUCUAUGCGCGGCUUCGAUUUUACCCGCUUGGCUGUACAUCGGUAAUAAAGGUACAAUAAGCACCAACGUAGUAACACCUGGUCUUCUGCCAACAAAUGAAAAGACGCCAUCGGAUACGAAUCAAAAUUCCCCGGUCUAGGGAGCAAAAGAAAUGAUGGUCAAGAUACACCCCGAUAUAGCUUGACAUCGGCGUGAUGCUCUGGGAACCAUUUUUGACCAUGUCUACCAGGGAGCUCAUCCCUUAUAAGCCUUUGCGCAAAAGCGCAGGAGCAGCGUUGAGUCCGUGGCACUAGCUGAAUACUAUGAAAGCCUUUUUCUGCAUUUAUGUUCGCAACCUUUGCAAUCACCUUUGCCACGAGAACUAGAACUCGAACAACAUGUUGUAUGUUGAAUACCUCACGGUCACAGUACCAUUGUGGGCCCUUUUUUCUGUGCCAUCAUGUCGUAUAAUUUAUCCUUUUGUUUUAAAAUUAAUUAUUUCUGGUCCUUAAAUAAGGAAAUGUACUUCAACACAUCUUGCCUACGCCAUUUUUUGUCACAAUUGAAUACGCCUUAUCUUCAUAAUCUUUUCUUCCAGGAAGCCGUAACGUUAUGUAAGCCACAUGUAACACCACCAAGAAAUCCUCAUUUUCAAGAUCGUGCAAGAAUAUUUCUGCAGCAAUUCAUUGAACCUUUUAAUAACCAAAA